AUGCUAUAUAAACAGUUUCUGGUUUUAUUCACAUUCAUAUUAUGUCUAUUUGUAUCACCCACCUAUGCUAGGAGAAAAUUAUCUGCAUCUUCUUUGGUGACAUGUAUGGAUAACUCACAAAUCUCACCACAAACAUUUAAUGUUACUUUUAAUCCGGAUGAUCGCUCUUUACGAUAUACUUUGGAUUUAAAUACCGAGAUUUCGGGUAAGGUUCUUGCUCAUGUUCAAGUCUAUGCUUAUGGAUUUCUAAUUAUUGAAAAAGAUGUUGAUUUAUGUGAUAUAGGAUGGAAGCAAUUUUGUCCUCUUUAUCCAGGGCAGUUGAAAGUAGAUUCCGUUGAAUAUAUUAGUUCAACUUAUACUAGAGAAAUUCCUGGUAUUGCUUAUCAAGUUCCUGAUAUUGAUGCUGUGGUUAAAGUUGUUGUUCGUGAUCGAUCAACCGGUGAACAGGUAUCCUGUCUUCAAGCUAGUUUCACUAAUGGUAAAACAGUUAGCCAAACUGGGGUUAAAUGGGCUACUGCUGUUAUUGCUGGUUUAGGUUUACUUAUUGCCGCCAUGUUGUCCACCUUUGGAAAUUCCAAUGCUGCUUCUCAUAUUGCUGCCAAUGCUGUUUCCCUUUUCCUUUAUUUCCAAAGUGUUGUUGUUGUAUCCAUGCAAGCAGUGGAAAGAAUGCCACCAAUUGCAAGUGCAUGGGCUGAGAAUUUAGCUUGGUCAAUGGGUUUGAUUCGAAUCAAGUUUAUGCAACAAAUUUUCAGAUGGUAUGUUCAACUGACUGGUGGAACGCCAACAACUUAUUUCAUUGGAGAAACUGAGCAAAUUCUUGUGCAAAAGAGUAAACGUUCAUUGGAGUAUGAAUCGUUUUAUUUGGGUAAAAAAGUGAUUGAUUAUGCCAAACGUGGAUUGGAUUAUUCCUUACAUUCAAAUACAUAUUUGAUUGUUUUACGUGGUAUCAGGAGAAUUGGCCACAACUCACAUAUUGAAUCAACUUCAAUUGUCCCUACCGGAUAUACUUGGUUUGUCCUCAUUGGAUAUUUGCUUGUCGCUUUAUUGAUUUUUUCCAAAUCCAUUGUGGUUUUGUUAACAAGAUCAGGCAAAUUAAAUCCCCGCAGUUUUUCCAUGUUCAGAUCUAACUUCAGUAGCGUUGUUAAAGGAUCAAUAUUGAGAUACAUUUGGAUUGGAUCAACUCAAUUGACAAUUUUCUCAUUAUGGGAGUUUACUAGAGUUGAUUCUGGUGCCGUUGUUGUAUUGGCAGUAUUAUUCCUUCUUUUGAUGAUUAUUGUGUUUGGUUGGAGUUUUUACAAUGUUGUACGUAUUGGACAAUUGUCACGUCGCAAGUUUAAUAACCCAGCUGCAUUGUUGUAUGGUGAACAAAAGACUUUGGAGAAGUAUGGUUUUUGCUACACAAUGUUUCAUGCUGAGUACUAUUGGUUUGGAAUGGUUUUACUUGGAUAUAAUGUAUUCAAAGGUAUUUUCAUUGCCUUUUGUCAAGGCUCAAUCGGUGGUAAAGUUUCCGUUUGGCCUAUUUUCAUUGCUGAUUUGGCAUACACUAUUGUAUUGUUUUGGCUUAAACCAUUCUUCAAUAAACCAACAAAUAUUUUGAACUAUAUGAUUGCCAUUGUUACUACAAUCAAUUCAUUUUUGUUCUUAUUCUUUUCCGAUAUUUUUGGCCAACCAGCACAAGUUGCUUCAAUUAUGGGUUGGGUGUUUUUCAUCCUCAAUGCAGCAUUUUCAUUUGUAUUGUUGAUUUUCAUCAUUGCCCUUUCAUUGUUUUCAGUAUUGAGCAAGAAUCCCGAUGCCAGAUUUGCUCCAGCUAAGGAUGAUCGUUUUUCGUUUCAAAGAAAAUCAUCAAUUAAAGAUAAGAGCAAUCGUCAAUCAACCUAUUUCACAGAAAAAAGUGGCAAUGCUGGAGGUAAUGAAUUGGCAGCAUUGGGUAUUGCAGCUCAAGACCAUUCGGCUGAUUGGGAAUCACAAAUGUAUAAAUUGCACGAUGUAUCUAAAGAAGAGAAUGAGGUAUCAUCAUCUACUACGCCAGAUCAUAUUAGACCAAAUAAUAGGCCCAAUAAUGGUGACGACAUAAUUGAAUCGGAGUCAGUGUAUUCCGAUGAACAUGGGCACAACGCUGGAGGAGCAGCAGAAGCAGAAGCAGCAGGGACAGCAGGGGCAGCAGGUGCAACCUCAACAUUUGGUGAAUGGAAGAAUAAACUUGCAAGGAAAUUGUCAAAGAAAAAAAGUGUCAAGAAACAUCACAGUGGUAGUAGUGAUGAAGCCAACAUCACCAGAAUCAGUGACACAUUACAUUACGACGACGAUUAUGAUGAAGAAGAUUCAAAUGAUAAAUUAGACUUUACACCAAGUACUCACCAACAACAGCAAUUCCAAAGACCAAAUCCAGUACAUGAUGACAGUGAGGCAACUAAUGGACAUGCGCGUAAUGGGAGUACUACAUCCAAUUUGGUUAGAUCGAAUCCCACCAACACAUUGAAUAUUCUUUGA